UCCGGAGCCAAUGCAGGCCGCUGCCGGAUCUAGCGCGCUAAGGGGAGGUUUUGGGCUUGGGGCUGGAGUUGUCCCCGAGUCGCUGCCUUUUGAAGAUUGUGACAGUAACAGAAAUCAUAUGCAUAUUUAUAAAAUGCAGGCAGCAAAAUUGGAACCCAAUCAUAUGCCUGCUUGGUAUGCUAUUGCAGUUCACCGUAUCAGAGAUACUGUAAGGUCACAGUGUUCUGGUGAUCAACUUCUCUGGGCUUCAAAUGAAACGGCAACAGUUCUGAAAGAAGGAGAUCCUUCAGCAGUUGAUGCCCCAAUUGCAUGGGCUGGGUUGGUAAUGGCUCACAGAGCACAACAUGAAAUUGCAGCUGCUUAUGAUACCGAACAUAUCAAUCUUAAUGAUGCAGAAGAGCGAGCUCUUUAUACACUAAAACAGAUGAUGAAACUAUUAAUAAACUGAAGUCAUUCGCUUUUGUUUGGAUUGGCAAGUGUAAAACCUGGGCACUAGAAAGUAGUGGAGUAAGGCCCUCUUUGUUUUUUGCUUUGGAUUGUCACAAUCUGGAUUCUGUGUAGAAGCUCGUUCCCACUAGAUCGUGUAUUGUGGGAUUUCGUAGUACAACUUAGCUUGUGGAACGUGAGAAUCAGCUUUUAGAUUUGGACCGUUUGUUUUUGCUUUUGCUUUUGGGCUAGAAUCUAUAAUUAGAAUGAAAAGCAAACAAGACCUUAAUGUUCUUAUUUGCAGGCAAUCCAAGAAGACCCAGACGACGCUGUUCAGUGGUAUCAACUUGGCUUGUACAAUGUUUGCAUGACUCAGUUCAGCAGAUCUGUAAAUUUCCUUAAAGCUGCAUUAGCUCGUUCCCGGGAUUGCAGCUAUGCCUG